AUGGAUAUUCAAACUUAAUAAUUAAAUGUAUAAGUUGCUGUCAGAGUUAGACCUUUAAGCAACAAGGAACUAAAUGCUAAGGAUGAAUGUUGUUUGAAGACUGAGGACAACAGAAUAAUUUUGCCACAAAGUGGGAAAAUAUUUACUUUUGACCACGUAUUCAAUUAGGAUUCCAAUUAAGAAGAAAUUUUUGAAUGUUGUGUAACCAAUUUAAUCCUAAGAUGCUUUGAGGGCUAUAAUAGUACAAUAUUGGCAUAUGGCCAAACAGGUUCUGGGAAAACCUUUACAAUGGGAACAUCAGGUUUGGAUCAAUAUUCUGACUAAAAUGAAUGGGGAAUGAUACCAAGAGCAGUAUAUUUUUUAUUUGAUGAAGUGGAGAAGAGGAAAUAGGAAUAGGAAAUAAUUAUUACAUGUUCAUACGUAGAAUUAUAUAAUGAAUAAAUAAUUGACUUGCUAAAUGAAUCUACAAUGAAAUCAAAUUUAUAACCAACAAUAAGAGAGGAAAAGGAUCAUACAAUUUCAAUUUAAAAUUUGACGACAAUAGCAGUAAUUAAUCCAUAAGACAUGCUUCAAAUAUUAAAUAAGGGAGGAACCCAUAGAACAACAGCAGCAACUCAAAUGAAUUUGAAUAGUUCGAGAUCCCACGCAAUAUUUACAAUUUAUUUUGAAAUUAACCGGGAAUCUGAGGAAGGGUCUUUGAGUGCCAAAUUCCAUUUUGUUGAUCUAGCUGGUAGUGAGAGACUAAAAAAAACUAUGGCUAUAGGUAAGCAAAUGGAAGAAGGAAUUAACAUUAAUUAAAGCCUUUUGGUGUUAGGAAAUGUAAUUAAAACAUUAAGUGAUUAAAAAAAAUCAGCUCAUGUUCCAUAUAGAGAAAGUAAGUUAACUAGAAUUCUACAAGAUUCCUUGGGAGGUAAUUCAAACACCUACAUGAUAGCCUGUAUUUCACCAUCAGCUAGUAAUUAUGAAGAAACAAUUAAUACUUUGAAAUAUGCUAGUAGAGCAAGAGAAAUUAAAAACAAGCCUACUCAAAACAGAGAUCCUCAUGCUGCUUAAAUACUGUAGUUAAAAUAAUAAAUAUUUGGUCUUUAGGAUCAAAUCAAACAAUACUCCUAAAUACUCUAAGAUAAUAAUAUCAAUACAGAUUCUGUAAAAUCAAUGGCUAUUUAAAUUUAUGAAUCAAUUUCUCCGAGUUCUGGACCAUAAUAAAAUUGCUCAGAACAUGGAGAGACUAUUCUUAAAUUGAAGAACUAAAAUUACCAAUUAGAAAAACAAUUAAAUAGUGUACAAAAAGAACUGUAGAAUUCUUAAAAAGGUUUGAGUGAAAGUAUGUUGGAAUCUUAUAAAGCAAAGAAAUAAAGAGAUUAAAUAAUGAAGCAAUUUUAAGAUGCAAAGAAAAUUUUAUAAAAAUACAAUAUCUAAUACAAUUUUAAUGAGGAUCAGCAGAUGGAUACAUAUUAUAACGAAAUAGCUAGUUUAAAGAAAGUUGUUUAAGAACAAGAGCAAAGGAUAUUCCUCUUGUAAUCGAAUAAUGAUUAGCUAUUAAAAGAAGCACGCAGAGAUCAAAAGCUAUUGAGAUAAAAACAACAUGAAUUAAUGAGAAUAGAAAAGCAAAAAUAAGAUGUAGAUUAAAUUGAUGACGAUUUUGAAUUAAAUGAUUCUGAAUUAAUAGAAAAAGAUCUUCAAAUUGAAGAAUAGGAGUAGCAGCUACAGGAACUUGAUAAAAUAAAGAUAGAGACAAUUCAAUUAUUGUAAGAUGAUAAACAGAACUAUUUAAAACAAAUUUCUAUUUUAGAAGAAGAGAAGGCUAAACUACAAAAGCAAUUGAAUAACAAGUAGGAUUCUGCUUAAAUGAAUUCACUUAAAUUUAAAAUAUAAGAGUAUGAAACUAAGAUUUUGGACAUGAGAUAGAAGGAAAUGACAUCCAAAUAAUUGUAAAAGAAGUUAGAAGAUUAAGAAUGUUAAGUAAAAGAACUAAGAACUAAUAUUGAACAAAUGAAAAAAUAGAAAGUUGAUCUGAUUAAGAAAAUGAAAUAAGAGAAUGAGAAAUACAUUAAAGACAAAGAGUAAAAGCAUAAAGAAUUGAUUUAUGCCAAAAAAUAAAAAAUAUAGCAAGAUACUUUAGUAAGUAAAUUGAAAAAUGAAAAUACUAAGAAAGAUGUCUAAUUGAAAAGGAAGGAGGAUGAAUUAUAGAAAUAAAAGAAUGAAAAAUUGAUUGUCAAAUAGCAUAAUCGUUAUAAUCCAAAUAAAUCUUUAUAAUAUGACACAUUUGAAAAAUAAAUUGAUGAUUUGUUUACAGAGUUAGUUCUUGGAGAAUAGGCUGAGGAAUAGAUAACAAAAGAGUACUCUAAAUUAGAGGAACUUUAAGAAGAAUUAAGAUAAAUUGAAGUUAAGAUAUGUUCAUUACAAAUUAAAAUUGAUUAACUUCAAUUUGAUAUGACUUAAAAUAGUGCAGUUUGUGGCAUAGAAAACGUUUAAUAAUAUGAAUUAGAAUUGAAUGAUUUUUAGUAAAAAAGAGAAAAUAUAUCAGAAACAAUAGAAUUUUAAAUUAAAAAAAUUGACGAUUAUCGAGUGAUUUCCUAGAAAGCUAACGAUUACUACACCAUAGUUUUAACAAAUUAGUAUUUCAAAGAUUUACCGAAUUGGUGUACAAGGUCAUUCAGAUAUGUUAUUGAUAAUUGGGUUAAAGAUCAUUAUUAAAUGACUUUAUAUGCCCAAUAAAUAGAGGAAUUAAACUAAACAAAUUAGGAACUCAUUAAUGCAAAGCCUAGUCCAAUUAAAAAAUCAAUUAGAUAAAAUACUCCUAUAGAUGAUCUCAAAAGGUAGAUAAAUGAGUACAAAAGAAAACUUUAAGCAUUACAAAACUAAUAUAGAACCACAAGCAUAGAAUUAGAUUAUUAUAAAAACUUUUAUAGCGAAUAAAUAAAUAAAUAAUAAAAGGAUAAAUCAAUAGGAAUAAGUUAAUAACUAUAGCAUUCUUAAUCAUUUCAUUCAAUUAGAAAUUCAAUCACUAAAGAAUAAAAACAAGAAUAACUACCUCUGGCUUUGACCCAUGUAAAGUCAUUCGGAUAAUUAGGAUCAAGCAUGAGAAUUAGGAAUUCUGUAUCUCAACAUUGGAUUACUGAAUAGUUAAAUUCGUCUCAAGAGAUUAUUAAUUACGAUAUUGUGAAAACUCUUUAAGGACAUGACCAACCAGUCUUAUCUUUAUAUACUAAAGAUAAUAUUUUGUGUUCUGGGUAGUAUAAAUAAUUGAAAGUUUGGGAUAUAGAAUCUCAAUAACUUAUUAGUACAAUUGAUCAAAGUAAUCACUGUAGAUCCAUCUAUUAUUGGGCUGAUAGAGAUGCUUUUGCUGUUUCACAUGGAUCUUAAAUAUCAUUAUAUGAUCCUUUAACGUUGAUGUGUAAAGGAUUACUUAAGUCUUCUAUUGAAGAAAUCAAAUCAAUAACUAGCAUCAAUGGAUUAUUGGUCGCAGCUGGAAAAUCGAUCAAUUCUAAUGCCUUAAAUAUUUGGGAUUCCAGAUAAAAUACUAUUCUGUACGAAUUCGAAAAAGGUUCUGAUAUCCUAAGUCUUUAUGGUUCUGAUGAAAACUCUGAAUUGAUUUAUGGAACUUUGAAGCAUUAUACAAAAAGGAUUCCUUUCAACAAAAAUAAAUAUAAUCAAAUUUAAUAGUUAUAGCCUCCUUAAUUAGAUAAAGUAACUGGAGUUGCUUCUUUUGGUGACUAUAUAGUGAGUUGUUCUCUGAGUAAGAGAAUGUUGCUCUGGAAUUAGCAAACAGGGUUAGAAAUUACAACAAAUGAUAGCAUUCAUAAGGAUUUAAUUACAGCUUUAACAAUUGAUAAAAGUCUAAAAUUAAUUUAUACAGCUUCUAAAGACGGUAAUGUUAGGGCCAUAAAAGUUAAUGAAGAUGGAAAAUUCUAGUUACUACAUGAUAUUACUGCUUCAAAUUAAUAAAUUAAUGCUUUACAUGUCAUUUAAGAUAAUCAUUUAGUUAUAAGUGGAGGAUAAGAUAAAUUAAUUAAAAUAUGGAAACCAUCAAAAAAUUUAUUACAAAUGUAAAAUGCGAUUGGUGAAUUUAUUGUUGAUUGA